AUGGAUUUUAGCUUCCCAAAUUUCUUCCACCUCCUACAUAUUCUUCUCUUUAUUACUUUGGUUUGUCCUGUUUAUUCUUCCAAUACACGUUUCCACCAAUUUGCCAAUCAAACUUCUGAACAAGAGAACACAUUUCACAAGUUGAGGAAGCAGAUAGCAAAUCGUCUUCAAAAACUCAACAAACCUGCUGUUAAAACAAUUUAUAGUCCUGACGGUGAUAUCAUUGAUUGUGUUCUGUUUCACAAACAACCAGCAUUUGAUCAUCCUUUAUUGAAAGGACAUAAACUAUCGGAUCCUCCAGAAAGGCCAAUAGGAUAUAACAAAGCAGAUAUUUUGAAUAAAGACUUUCAAUUGUGGAGCUCAUCAGGUGAAUCAUGUCCUGAAGGAACAAUUCCAAUCAUAAGAACUACAGAAGAGGACAUAUUAAGAACUAGUUCUCCUGAUAGAUACGGACAAAAAUCAAUUAACAGCAGUUUAUCGAACCCCCCAAGUGAGGUUCACGAGUAUGUAAAUGGAGUAACGAGAGGGGGGGAAUACUAUGGAGCACAAGGAGACUUUAACGUGUGGACCCCACAUGUGGAAGGUAAAAAUGAAUUCAGCGUGUCCCAAAUGUGGGUCUUCGCAGGUACAUAUGGAAAAGAUUUGAACUCCAUUGAAGUUGGUUGGGCGGUGUUUCCAAGUUUAUUUGGUGAUGACCGCACUAGAUUAUUUAUUUAUUGGACGGCUGAUGCAUAUCAAAAUACUGGGUGCUACAAUUUAAAAUGUUCAGGCUUUAUUCAAACUAACCACAGAGUUUUACUUGGAGGAACAAUUUCUCCAAUUUCUACGUAUAACGGGCCCCAAUAUGAUGUUACUUUAUCAAUCUGGAAGGAUCCAAGGACUAAUAAUUGGUGGCUUCAAGCUGGAUCCGGAAUUUUAAUUGGAUACUGGCCAGUCUCUUUGUUCACACACUUAAAGGAUCAUGCAACUGCAGUUAAUUUUGGUGGAGAAAUAGUUAAUACAAGAUCAACAAACGCUCAUACUUCCACCGGAAUGGGUAGUGGACAUUUUGCUGGGCAAGGAUUUAGAAAAGCUGCAUUCAUUAAAAAUAUGGAAAUUGUAGAUUAUAGUAACAACUUGAAUCCAGUACAGAAUCAAGAAUAUAUAGUGCAGUUACCAAAAUGUUAUGAUAGCAACCCAGGAAUUACUAAAUAUUGGGGGAGAUAUUUUUUCUUUGGUGGACCUGGUAGGAAUAUUAAUUGUCCCUAA